CCCAGCUCCAACACAUCAUCAACCAAACCUCUUUCUAGAAGGAAGGGAGUUCAAGGGCAUAGACAAGAUGUCGGAACUGGAAAUGGCCAUGGGAAUGCUCAUUGAUGUCUUUGAUCGGUACUCAUCGACUGAAGGCAAUAAGGACACUCUGACUAAAGCAGAACUAAAGACACUAAUUGAAAAAGAGUUCCCAAACUUUGUUAAGAAUUCUAAAGAUAAAGAUGCAGUUGACAAACUUUUCAAGAACCUGGAUGACAAUGGGGAUUCUCAAGUAGACUUCAAUGAAUUUAUCAUCUUCGUGGCUGCCCUGACUUGUGCCUGUCAUAAAAUUUGUCAUGAGAAAGGACCCAAGUGAUUUUAACCAGCUAACCACAGAUGACAGAAUCGUGCUGAUUGGAAUAAUGUGCUGUUUAGAAUUAAAAGGCUCUGUUUGAUAACAACUCCCCUGACUCCUUGAUUUUCUGUGUUUUCAUCCUGCUGAAUAACAGUUCAUUGCUUUUGAUCCCAAAUAAGCAUGUUUGGGUUAUUUCAGUCUCAAAUUUGCUUUUUCAAAUAUCAUUUAAUGGAAUUUCUUUCACAGGUAGGGUCUUUAGAAUGUGAACAAAGACUAAAAAGCCAUUGUAGAAUUUUUUUAAUAAGUUGGCAAACCCCAUCAAUAAUAUCAGCGAUGAUAACAUAGAGGAUGUAGAAAGUGGAAUAGUUUUCAUCUCUAUCAAACUGGUAUAAAAUGUUCCUGCUUAACAUGGCAAACUAACUUUUUGUGUAAUCUU